CAGUCAGUCAGUCAGUCGAUUGGAGAUCGUCGUCGUCACAUGUACUUAACCGACUCUGAGCAGCUGUGGAAAGUUAAGAUUUUUUUUUUCUCGGAAGAUCAUCAACCACUUUCGCCGAGCAGUAGGCAGUGUGUGACACAGCUGAUGGAAAAAUAAAUCCCGGUGCGCACAAGUGGGUGGACGCCAUAUUGGAAAAUUCUUCGAAAUGGGGAGUUUGCUGGUUCUGCUGGUCGGUUUGGUGGUCUGUUUCGCUGCUCAAGGGAAGAGGGAGAUCCCUAUCGGAGCUAUCUUCCACGGAGACAACUAUGAAUCGGAGAUCGCUUUCAAAUAUGCCAUCGAACGAGUUAACAUGCACGAGAAGCACUUCGAGUUGGUUCCACUGAUAAAGUACGUCUCCCCGGAUGACAGCUACAAAACGGAACGGAAAGUGUGCGAGCUGGUGUCGGAAGGUGUCACGGCCAUCUUCGGUCCAAGCUCGAUGUUGACCUCCGGUAUUGUGAGUUCGAUCUGCAAAACCAUCGAAAUUCCGCACAUUAUAACUCAUUGGGAUCCGGAGCCCUUCGGAGGAUGGGAUCCGGAGCUGCAGGCAAUGACCAUCAACCUCUAUCCGGAAGCGGACAUUCUGUCGCGAGCUUUGCAAGAUCUGAUCGUGGACUACACUUGGAAGAGCUUUACGAUCAUCUACGAUAGCGAUGAGGGUUUGAUGCGACUGAAAGACGUGUUGCAAAUUCAUGGACCCGGAGAUAAUCCGAUCACCGUACGGCAGAUUGAUGAUAAUCCGGACUACAGACCGCUGCUCAAGGAUAUCCAAUCAUCCGGAGAGAGCCAUAUCAUUCUGGAAGUUCAUCCCGAAAAGAUUCUGGAGAUUCUCCGACAAGCAAAGGAGGUCAAGAUGCUGGAAGAGUAUCAGAGCUAUAUCAUCACUUCGUUGGACGCUCACACCUUGGACUUUGAAGAGCUGAAGUACUCCCGGUCGAACAUAACCACAUUGCGGUUGAUGGACACGAAAAGUUUCGAUAUUAAGAAUGCUGUUCACGAUUGGGAACAGGGCGAAGCCAGAAUGAAGAAGGUUUUCCGAGUUUCUCCGGAGCACGUCCGGACGGAGUCCGCGUUGUACCACGAUGCUGUGAAACUCUACGCUACCGCCAUUAGGGAGCUGGACGCUACAGAGGAGAUCACACCGUCAAGGCUGUCAUGCGGAAGCAAGAACCUUCGACAGUGGCCGUUUGGAUUGCGAAUCGUUAACUACAUGAAAGUUAAAACCGAUCACGGCAUCUCCGGACCGAUCAUCUUCGAUGACUACGGCCGGCGAACGCACUUCCAACUGGACAUUGUAGAACUAAAUCAUCAGGAUGGCUUCAUGAAGAUCGCCGUUUGGGAUCCGACCAACGGGAUCAUCUACACUCGCAGUCAGGAGGAUGUUCACCUGCAGAUCGUCGAAUCGCUGCAUAACAAGACGUUCAUCGUGGCAUCACGGUUGGGAGCUCCGUUCCUGAUGAUGAAAGAAAAGAAGGAAGGCGAAUUCUUGGAAGGCAACAAUCGCUUCGAAGGAUACUCCAUCGAGCUGAUCGACGGCAUUUCCAAAAUCCUCGGCUUCAAAUACACCAUGGAACUCGUGCCGGACGGAAAGUACGGAUCGUACAACAAAGAGACGAAAAGAUGGGAUGGCUUGGUGAAACACUUACUUGAUCGGAAAGCGGAUCUUGCCAUUUGCGACCUUACCAUCACCUACGAACGCCGCACUGCCGUAGACUUUACGAUGCCCUUCAUGACCCUUGGUAUCAGCAUUCUGUACGCCAAGCCCGUGCCUCAGCCCAAGGAUCUGUUUUCCUUCCUAUCCCCUCUUUCCCUGGAUGUGUGGAUCUACAUGGCCACCGCCUAUCUUGGCGUCUCCGUGUUGCUCUUCGUCCUGUCUCGUAUGGCCCCUGCUGACUGGGAGAGCGCCCAUCCUUGCAAGCAGGAUGACAUUGAUGAGGUGGAGAACAUCUGGGAUAUGUUGAACGCCCUGUGGCUCACGAUGGGAUCCAUCAUGGGUCAAGGUUGCGACAUUCUGCCGAAAGCGGUCUCCACCCGAGUAGUUUCCGGAAUGUGGUGGUUCUUCGCGCUGAUCAUGCUUUCGUCCUACACAGCCAACUUGGCAGCUUUCCUGACCAUGGAGCGAAUGGAUGCCUCGAUCGAGAGUGCCGAGGAUCUAGCCCAACAGAGCAAGAUCAAGUACGGGGCGGUGCUCGGCGGUAGUACGCUCAGUUUCUUCCGUAACUCGAACUUCUCCACCUAUCAGAGGAUGUGGGCCGCCAUGGAGUCUACUCGUCCGUCGGUUUUCACCAAGAGUAACGACGAAGGACGCGAUCGCGUCCUUAAGGGACGUGGCCUGUACGCUUUCCUGAUGGAGUCCACUUCGUUGGAGUACAUCACCGAGCGGUAUUGCGAACUCACCCAAAUCGGAGGGCUGCUGGACUCCAAAGGAUACGGAAUCGCCAUGCCCGUUAACUCCCCAUACCGGACGGCCAUCUCCGGAGCAGUGCUCAAAAUGCAGGAAGAAGGUAAGCUGCACCAGUUGAAGACCCGCUGGUGGAAGGAGAUGUACGGCGGAGGUCGGUGCGAUGAACAUGCUACCAAAUCGGCCGCGGACAGCGCCGCCGAGCUUGGAAUAGACAACGUCGGUGGUGUCUUCUUAGUUCUGGCCUGUGGAUGCUGCUUCGCAUUUAUUCUGGGAAUUUUGGAGUUCCUGUGGAACGUGCGGAAGGUGGCGGUUGAUGAGAAGGUCACCCCAUGGGAAGCAUUGAAGGCGGAGCUCAAGUUUGCGAUGAACAUUUCGAUCACCACGAAACCGGUGCACAGCAUGUUGAGCGAGUCGUCGUCGGCCAAAAGUUCGAUGCGAUCGGCAUCCAGGAGGGGAUCGGAAUCGGUGAGCCGCGUGCACAACAUCAAAUCCGGUACCAGCUUGAUGAACAUGGACAAGAUUGGAUUUGUGUUUAGUAAUAAGUAGUUGAUGAAUUGAUUCAAGGUAUUGAGAUGCUGAUUUAAGUUUUGGACACGACGAGACAACUUAGAAUCUAAUUUCAAAUUUGCUUUCAGAUUUUUAAGGUGCCUGUCUGACGAAUAAAGCAAUGAAUUACAGUACAUUUGUUCAGCAUAGCUGGCAGAAAGUUUGUAAUUAUCAAGAGCAAGUGCCUUAGGGUAUAAAACUGAGCUAUGAACAAAACUUCGGCAACUGUGACGCUCGUGUUGAGAUUCUGAGAUAUUUCAAAUUAAGGGAAUAAGUUUCGAAGUGAAAAAAAAUUACAGUGUGUCAAAAAGUUUUGAAGAUUAGGUUGAUUUUGUUUUGCAUAGAAUAAUUGUUAAAAUGAAAAUAUAACUAAGUUUUAUCACGAA